AUGAAUAAAAUAUUGAAUACUAUUGAUAAAAUAGAUAUUUUUGGAGUUCCUAUUAAUCUGCUAACUAAUGAAAAGACUUCAGUUUUUCAGAGUAAAGUUGGAGGGAUAAUUACUCUAAUUGCCGGAAGCGUAAGUCUUUCAUAUUUUUUAUAUGUUUUUGUAUACUGGAUAAGUAAUUUAAUUCCUCCUAAUGUAAGUUUUAAGUAAGAAACAAUAGGAUAUGCUUAAUUUCAUAUACAAUCUGCAAUGAUUGAUUUGAUGCUACAAGAUUUUUCAGGUGAUGUGGAUCCAUUUAGAAAAUAAAAUAAUAUUAUAACUCCUCAUUUGUAUGCAGUUAUUGAUACGGCAAUUAUAGAUAAACCAAUCCCUUUAUUUAGUAGUUAAGAGAAGCCUUUUACAAUAUCUUUUGAGAAUAUCACUUUAGUUUUAAAUCAUGAAAUUAUUCCAGAUCAGGAUCAUUAGGAGAUGAAACAAUAUUUAAUUGUGCUUGAAAGUUGCUCUAAUGAAACUUUGUAAGAAAUGCUUAUUGUGCUGAUUAGAAAACAAUUGAUGAGUAUCUAUAAAAGUUUCAUGGUUCUUGUUUUUAAGCAUUAAAUUAAAUCAACUUAAUCAUUCAACAAGGGAAUUAGAAGAAUUCAAUAAGCAAUACUACUACGCUUUUGA